ACCAGAGCAGACAAUAGGCCCCUAAAGUGUUCCCCCUAAGUUGCUUUGAUGUUGUCCUGGUGUCUUGAUACCAGGAGGCCAGGGAUUGCAGGAAAAGGGUCUUUUUUGUCUUCAUUCACUUUCCCCCCUCAGUUUCUGAAAUGAUUCUCCAGAAUUUCUCCUCAUAAAAAAGAGAUCAGUGUUGGGAAGUGCUUCUGUGUCCUGAUGUAGAAGAGAGAACAAAUUGGACAUCUUGAAAGGUGAAGGUUCCCUUUGAGAGGGGGGCCCCUGGACUCCGGCUCCAGGAUGAGCAGUGCCGUGUCGUGACCCCUGGGGUUUCGUGUGCCCUGGAGAUGCGAGAUUUUCCUUUGGCAGCAGGAGGCACACACCCAGAGAAUGCUGGAACUGCAAGGGGAAAGGACCUAUUUCCACAGCAAAGAAAAACCAAGAGGAAAAAGGCAUACAGGUUGCCAGCGCUAAAGGACGCACCCGGCAAGCCGUGGGCCCCUGGCCCUGCCCCCAGCAGCCGUUGCUGCUGCAGCCCGAGAGGAACUCGGUGA